CAAACCCAUCAUAUUGGUUUUCUACACUCAUCUCCAGCCCCUUUCUAUUUUUAUAACAUUCUUAUUAUUAUUGUUGCCCAUCAUCCUUUCCUAUUUUCGGAUCCAAGAUUCCUUACAUCUCAACUUCCAACCCCUCUAUCUUUACUUUUCUUCUAGAUUCGUUACUGACCACCAGAUGAAGAUCCAGUGUGACGUUUGUAACGAAAAGGAAGCUGUAGUGUAUUGCUCUGCGGACGAGGCGGCUCUUUGCUUCGCCUGCGACCACAGCGUGCACCACGCCAACAAACUCGCUGGAAAACACCCGCGUUUCAACCUUCUCCACCCGCCACCUAAAGAUUUUCCGGUGUGUGAUAUUUGUCAGGAGAAAAAAGCCUUCCUGUUUUGUCAACAGGAUAGAGCUAUACUAUGUAAAGAUUGUGAUGUUGGUAUACAUAAAGUCAACCAACUUACAAGAAAUCACUCCCGGUUUCUUCUCACCGGAGUUAAGCUUUCUCCUACCGCUUCUUUGUACUCGUCUUCCACCACCAAAAACGGCGUCGUUGGUGGACAACAAGGGAAGCCACUUGCUUCUAUGAUCAUGAAGAAGGCUGGUGUUCAAACUCCGAGCCCCCACCAUGAAUCAAACGGGUUGGGUCCCGGGUCCUCCACGAGUAGCAUAUCAGAGUACUUGAUUGAGACCCUUCCCGGUUGGCAUGUCGAAGAUUUUCUUGAUCCACCUCCGACUUUCUCCAAGGCUGGUGACAACGAUCCAUGGCCGGUUUGGGGAGAGGAUCUAUUAGAUGGAAGCUUCAAUAGUUCUUUGGAACCGGAAUCAAUGGGGAUAUGGGUUCCACAAGCACCACCGGCGGAGCCACAGCCACAGUAUGCUAAUGUUCUUCCACAAUUCGAGCCCGGUUCAUAUACAGGGUUUGGGGAUCAAAUAAUUAACGGAUCAUCACUUUCAUUUGCACCAAAUAAGAUCGCAAAGGGCCCAAAAUCAAGCAGAAAGUGGACAUCCGACAACGGAAAUUGCUUCACUGUGCCUCAGAUAAGUCCAUCUUCAACGACCUCCAAGAGAUCAAGAACACUUUGGCACUAAACUUGUUAUUGUGUUAUACGUUGUUAUUUUUUUUUCUCUUUGUUAUUAUGUUAUAUGUUGUUCUUAUAUUUUUAACUUGUUUUCCUGUACUCCAAAUAUCAUUUGGGUCUAUAUGUUGUUCUUAGAUUUUUAACUUGUUUUCCUGUACUCCAAAUAUCAUUUGGGUUCUGCUUUUAAUAAAAUAAACGAAAAUCAAGGCCUUGCAUGUGAA